GUGAAACCCAGGUUGAAUUUCUUGGAAAGACUGCGCGUGGCGGAGUUUCUGUGAAAUGGGGAGAGAGAGAGGGAGGAGGGCGGCGCUUCAAACGACUCGCCAAGCUGACAAAAGUUGGCCGGAGUGAGAGGUGGAGAGCGCCCACCACGUUCGGCCCAGCCGUCCUCGGGGCCCGCAGCACCGGCAGGUCGGACCCACACACACACACACACACACGCACACACACACACGGGGGUGGGGGUGAGUGGGGGGGCAAUGCUCCGCCAGGAAACCCCGUCGUCACCCCAUUGCCCGACUCGCUUGCCCCCGUGGGACAGUGUGCCGAUUUUCCAGCACCCGAACGACCCCCCCGCUACCCGGAGUUGAAGCAUCUGCCGGCUGAGCGGGAUAGUGGACGGGCUUUGUGUGUGUGUGUGUGUGUGUGUGUGUGUGUGUGUGUUAAAUUAUCGUGGCUCUUAUAAACCGGACAGCACUGCGAAGGAAAUAUGACUGCAUAAUCGGGGACAUUUAUCCAUGAGGCGGCUGAAGAUGGGACCUCUCCGGAGCUGGAGGUCCAUCUGAGAUGGUCGGAGGGAGAAACCAACUGGAUGCCCGGGCAGACGUGCGACAGUCCCCUCCGCCGCAGUUACAGCGCCCUCCGCCUGAGUCUCCCACCCACUUCCGCACGUUCCAGAACGAAGAGAGGGAGACGGUGGAGCGAAGCCUGCGCUCCCUGAACGAGGGCGGAUUCUACUGGGGGCCGCUGCCCGUGGAGAAGGCUCACGCCAUGCUGAAGGCGGAGCCCGUGGGCACCUUCCUCGUCCGGGAUAGCACCCAGGCCGAUCACCUGUUCAGUCUGAGCGUCCGGGCCCACAGGGGGCCCGUCAGCAUGCGAAUCCAGUUCAAGAAAGAACUCUUCUGGUUCGAUAACACUCACUUUGACUGCAUGGUGAAGCUGCUGGAAUACUGCGUGGACAGCAGCCGGCGCAAGCCUUUUGUCUUUGAGGGAGGAGACACGAUUGUCUUUUCCACCCCGCUGCGGAAAAACCCUGUCCUCAAACUACAGCAGCUAUGCAGAAAGAACAUUAUCUGCCACUUUGGGAGAGACGGAGUGACAAAGCUGCCUCUGAGGCCCAGCCUUCGGAAUUAUAUUGAGGAAUUUCCAUUCAAAAUAUAACCCCCAAGCCUGUCGAUGACGUUGUCUUUCCUCCAUCGUUGUGGCACAGCUGGCCUGGAGUCUGGCUGCCAGGAACGCCUCCCACAGCGGAAAAAGUUGAUGCCGAUUGUCACUGACAGGCUCGGAGUGUUCCUCAGCCCUUGUUUUGGGGCGAUGACGGGGACCGCGGCAAGCAGUGUGGAGCACCAUUCCCUCUAAGCUGCGUAGGCGUGCAGCAUGCAGUAACUGAGAUGGCCCCACGCACGUAGCCUUUGCUGGAAUUUUCUUUUAAUAUAAUUAGUGUUUUGUUAAAAAUGCCACGCAGUUUUCAGGCCAUGUACAAAUUUCCUCAACGGAGCAGUGCUUGGCCUGCACACCUGUAGAGAGAAAGAAAAGUGAAGAGGGAACGUUGGUGCGGAGUCAGCGAGGGAGACUCUUUCACAGGGGAUUGGAGGCCUGCUGUGUGUCGAGCCCACAAGCUCUGCAAUGACGGACACUCACUGAGUGAGCGGAGAGCUUGACAUAGCGAGAAGGAAAUAUUUCUGUUCAAUUAAGUCACCAUGACACAGAAACCAUUGCUACGUAACGUGUUUCAUGAUUCACUUGAACAGUACGAAAUAUGAUUCUUAUAUAUUUUAAUUAUAUAAAUAAAUAUAUUUUGUUACAUAAAUAAAAAUGUAAAAUUUGAUCCAAUAUUCUGGGAAUUGGUAAAUAAACAAUCCUGGGAAAUAUUGAUUGGAUGAAUGAACUAUGAGGAGAGCAUGGAUAGGCUACAAAAGUUUACUUCGGUCUAGAGGUGGUAGAGGCGAUAUUUAGCCGAAGUCUCUAAAAUUCUCGGCAAGUCCCGAUACAAUGAGUAGGAAGGGCUUAUUUCACUUGGCAGAGGAGUCAGAAAGCAGCAGUUUAAAGUAAUCAGUAGAUUAGAGAGAAGGGUAAAAGAAACCCUUUGUAACCUGAGGGUACUGGGGGAUCUGAAAUUCACUGCCUGUAGAGGAGAUAGAGAAAGAAAACCCUCUUCACUUUUAAAAACAUACAUAGUCAUAUUGGUUUUGGUUUUCGUUACAGGUGCACCAUAAAUACUUAAAUAGUAAUAAAACCAUAAAUAGUUAAAUAGUAAUAUGUAAAUUAUGCCAGGAAAUAAGUCCAGGACCAGCCUAUUGACUCAGGGUGUCUGACCCUCCAAGGGAGGAGUUGUAAAGUUUGAUGGCCACAGGCAGGAAUGACUUCCUAUGACACUCUGUGUUGCAUCUCGGUGGAAUGAGUCUCUGGCUGAAUGUACUCCUGUGCCCACCCAGUACAUUAUGUAGUGGAUGGGAGACAUUGUCCAAGAUGGCAUGCAACUUGGACAGCAUCCUCUCUUCAGACACCACCGUGAGAGAGUCCAGUUCCAUCCCCACAACAUCACUGGCCUUACUUGGAUGCAAACUCAAAGCUGCCAGACUACCGAUGCGAAAGCUGGCAUUGGGAUGGUUAUAUCACAGGCACAGUGGGCCGAAUGGCCUCCUCCAGUGUCGUAACUAAGAUGACCCGUGGAGUUGGUGGAUUUCCAUUGGUCUUAGAUUCGAGCAGGGGCUCCCAGUGUUUUUAUGCCAUAGAUGCCUCCCAUUAACCGAGGGGUCUAUGGACCCCAAGUUGGGAACCCCUGGAUUAGAAGGUUGCUGUCAACAGUUAACGUUGGGUUCAACAAUCAAAAGCCUAGGAUCAGGAAGGAAUGUCAAGUGUUUCUUUUAUUUAGGGAUACAACGCGGAAUUGGCCCUUCUGGCCCACUAAGCUGUACUCCCCAACAACCCACCAAUGUAACCCUAGCCUAAUCACAAGACAAUUUACAAAGACCAAUUAACCUACUAACUGGUAUGUCUCUGGACUGUGGGAGGAAACAGGGGCACCCGGAGGAGAUCCAUGCGCAUAAACAUUCUAAUGGCGCCUGAAAUGAACUCCGAACUCUUGAAGCCCUGAGUUGUAAUAGUACCAUGCUGUUACACGACUGUGUCGUUUACUGUGGCUUGGUUCCUCUCUGGGAUGUCAGGAGUAAAUAAGGCAAGUUCUGUUGUGCUCUCUUCUAAGUGGUUGGCCCAUCCAUUAUUUCCUGGUCAUGGUAAGGUAGCCCUAUAGACAGAUCAAGGGAAUACUCAGAAUGAAUACUAUCUUUGAAGAAAGAAACACACACAAAAUGCUGGAAGAACUCUGCAGGUCAGGCAGCAUCUAUGGAGAGGAAUAGAUAAUUGACGUCUUGGGCCGAGACCCGUCUUCAGGACCGAAAAGGAAGGGCAAAAAUGGCAGAAUAAAAAGGUGGAGGGGAGGCUAGCUGGAAGGUGAUAGGGGAAACCAGGUGGGUGGGAAAGGUCAAGGGCCGGAGAAGAAAGAAUCCGAUAGGAGAGGAGAGUGGACCAUAGGAGAAAGGGAAGGAGGAGGGCACCCAGGGAGAAGUAAUAGGCAGGUGAGAAGAAUUGAGAGGUCAGAGUGGGGAUUAGAGGAAGGGAAAGGGGUGAAAUUUGUUUAUUGGAAAGAGAAAUCAAUACUUAUGCCAUCAGGUUGAAGGAGAGGCUCUGGACGGACAUGUCAGAAUGGGAAUGGGAAUCAAAAUUAAAAUGCUUUAGCCUCCGGGAAGUCCUGCUUGUGCCAGAUGCUGCCACUAAGAUUACUCAGCAAUUUAUGAAUUCUAAACACAGAUGUUGCAGAUGCUAGACAUCCAGAGCAACCCACACAAAACACUGCAGGAACUCGGCAGGUCAUGCAGCAUCUACGGAUUGGGAUAAAGAGCUGAUGUUUCAGGCUGAGACCCGACAUCAGUAUCUGGCCCGAAACAUCAACUCUUUAUUCCUUUCCGUAGAUGUUGCCUGACCUACUGAGUUCCUCCAGCAUUUUUGUGUUACUAUGAAUUCUAGCCCUGCUGUCCUCUUUUGAUAAUGGUGUUUAUCUGGAAGCUAAUCCACAUUUUUAAGUUUGAGAAGUACUGUAAUUAUUAAUAAAAAAGUAAAUAGAUUUACAAAUGAAAUUAAAUAAAGGAGCAGGAACAGUCAACACUGGCCCUCAUAGUUGCUGCAGCAUUUAACAAGGUUCAAGUUUGUCUCCUUAAGGGCUUUAGUAUUUGAAGAUCUUUAUAGUUUAGCUUUGAUUAUACUCAAUAGCCUCAGACCUUUCUGUAAAGAAAUUCCAAACAUUGAAACUGCUUUUUAACUGAUUUAUUGUGUGAUUGCCAAGGCUCAUCAAUUAGGCGAAUAAAUCAGACCAGACUUAAAAAGACGUGCAUCACACGACUGGGAAUUACUACUCAAGUAAUGCGCCUGGGCACUCGAUCAGCAGAAGCCUCCUUUGUUACUGCAUGCCCUAAUUACCCAGUAUCAGAAGUAGAUAGAUGGAAAGGCCAGGGCUUGGAUCAACACUGUACAUUAGCAAGGCCAAGAAUUCAAUGAAAUCUUUUACAAUGUAAUUUUUCAACCUCUAUAAAGAAAUUGUAGCUUCCAAUUUAGAUAAAAGAAACAUCGCAGCUUUGGCAUUCUGCAGACAAAUUGCUCCGGACCAAAGCCAACAGCUUCGAACAGCAGCCCUGGGAGAAAGUAACUGCAUCUCAUGGUAAAAUAUUAAUUUAUCUUAAAACUAAAAAUGACUACGGCAACGAUUUCAGCAGAGUUUAAUCAAGGGCUGUAAUCUUUAUUGAUCAGCUAAUCAAACAUGGGUUAGAUAACAAAGAUAGCAGAAGUAACCAAAAUUGUGUUAAUAGUUAUGCACAAUGUUAAUGGAAAAGUAGCAAUGAUAAUACUGUUUUAAUAAACUUAACAGUAAACAUGUUUGAUAUUUUAACACUGGGGCUCUUAUCCUAGCUGUCUAUGCGAUACACAAGCCAGGAUAGUACGAUAUGGAGAGCAAGCUUUUCCCCAUACAGCAGGCUCCCCCACUCCAUACAGCUAAUGAGUCCAAAGGAAAGGCAGGGACUGAUACAGUUCAGCACCAGCAGCAUUGCAGGAGUUGCCCAUCAGCGUUGAACUGAGCGUAAGAUGGCCUUAGGGACACCAGCUCUGGAUUUUUCCCUCGGGGUUUACUCCCAAAGCCUUCCCCACGAGUGGGUGUAGCCACAAGGCGGCAGAGGUUUGAAAUCAGAGUUUUCCUUCUCCUCGAUGAGCUGCCAACCAUGGCUGAUGAGUCCCUCCUGUCUAAAGGAACUGGUUUAAAGGCACCAGUAACUCGCCUUUGCCCCUUCUCCUGUCGGUAGAAACAGUUCCACUGGGCUUAGUAGCUAAGCCACACGUGACAGCCAGGAGCUGGACUCGGUUGUCAGAGGCUAUUUGAGGCUAUCUAUUUAAUAGGUCGUGGAAGCUUAUCCCCACUACCUUCACACCCCCUCCCCUCACCAAUGACAACCUUCAGGAAGCGAAUUUAAAGUUCAAAGUACAUUUAUUAUCAAAGUAUGUAUGCAUUAUACAACCUUGAGAUUUAUCUCCUUACAGGCAGCCACAAAACAAGAAACUCAAAAGAAACCAUUAAAAAAUACCCAACAAACACCCAAUGUGCAGAGAGAGAGAAAGAGAAAAACAACAAAUCAUGCAAACAAUAAAAGUAAGCAAACAGCAUUUAGAACAAAUGCGAGCCCUCAGACAGGAAGCCCAGAGCAGGCCCUCAGCCUCAGCCUCAGCUCAACACACAGCAGAGUAAAUGUCACAGAGCUUGGACCAAGCCCCAGCCUCAGUGCAGAGAACAAUGGGGUAAAAGUUGUCACCUUAAAUCAUUAACAAAACUGACAGCAAGUGCGAGGUCUGGAUCUAAAAUGUCGACUGUCCAUUUUCCUCACUGCUGAGUUCCCUGACAGAUCGCUUGUUGCCCCAGAUUCCAGCAUCUGCAGUCUCUUGUGUCUCCAUGACAACCUUGGUUGACGACAGAUACAACCUCAGUCCUAGUUUAUUGUUGGCCCAGUGGGUCUGAUUCAACUAAAUCAAGAGGUGAGAGCGAGUGGUCAGUUUGAGUGAAAUCAAGACCCAAGGGCCUUGUGACUGCUUUAAUGUCCACUUGUACUCUAGUUGAUGCCAUUUCAAACUCGGACAUCAUCACAGUCACUUUUCCUCUGUGAUGGUGUUGGGUUUGCUGACCACGAGCUUCUGAACUCAAACAAAGACCUUAAGCCCUAUCUCUUAUAGAUAGCCCCACUAAAGGGAGGUUACACUGUAACUACUUAAUCUUUAAAGACUAGUUUACUUCCCUGUUUAUUCUCCACAGUGAGUUUCACGCCCAGUUCCCAGCAGGUGAGUGGGGGGGGGGCGGUGUACACCCUCCCUACCAAGGAGAAGAUACUUCCAGCUAACAAAGUAGUUUAAACAGUUUAUUUAUUUUCAGUGAUACACAUUUAAAUCCAAACAACACUUUUAAAACACACUUAAAACUUACAGAGGACUUCUAGCUCAGAAAAAAAGGUUCCAAAUUAAAAACUAUUUCUAAAACACAAAAGAUUUGCAAAACCCAGGUACAAUUCCUGUAAGCUGAAAGCCACAGAUGAACCACUUGUCUGUCACAGAAAUCAAAGGCAGAGGAAUGGAUUCAAUUUGACCCAUCUUUCUGUCAUUCUUCCUGAUGUUCCUGGACCAUUCCUAAAAAGCCUGAACUUCAAAAUCAGAAUCACUUUAUUGCCAAUAUGUGAAGCAUACCAGAAAUAAUUGUGGACUUUGCCAAAACAGACAACUUCCUUCUAAAUUUAUACUACCUUCUUGCCACUUGGGUGACUUCACGCACAUGAUUUUUUUCAGAUAUGUAUUACACAGAUGCUCUAAAAGCUUCUGGUGACAGAGAUCCCAGGUACCCAGAAUUACUGCUGCAAAGCGAUCCUCAUGAGUACAAUAAUCUUCCAACUAUUAGUAGAUCAGCUCUUGAUAUGCUAAGUGAUUAUCUGUCUUGUCUGCAAGCUUCUUUGAACUAAAUAACUUAGCUAGCAUUGUCUAGAUUGAAACAGGCCCAAUUAAAUUACCCCAUUGUCUUACACCACACCUCUUGAGCAAUAAACCUGGGCCAGCAUGUCUGUUCAAUAGACAGCGCUUGUUUGCAGAGCUGUGCUUUCAACUUCAAGCUGAUUACUGCUUGCCACAUUAAGAACUGAAGACCAUCUCCUGUUUAUGACAAGCAUCUAAACAAAGACUAUUAGUUGGAAUCUUAACUGACUCAAAAACAACACUUUGAUCUUUACAAGAAGCAGCUGCUGUGAUUAGAAAGCUGAGUUUAGCAAAAAAAAAGUGUCCAUCACAUUCUCUCUGAAACCAUUUUGGGAUCUUACUCCCACCCUAUGGUUGUUUGUGUAAGACCAGGAUUACACAACCUGUCAUUUGAGUUUUGUUGUCCAGUUGCAGAGAACACUUAAAGAGAGAGUGUUCCCGUUGUUCUUACUCACUCCAGUGAGUCAAUGAAUCGUCAUUGGUACCUCAAGGAAAAUAAAUGGCUUGAUCCUGUUGGGUUCCAUUUCCGUCCCACCCCUCCAGCCAAGGAAAAAUACCAUUUUGUGAUUUGCCAAAACCAUAAACACUCUACAUUUUUAUGAGAUCACUUCCCGUUCUUCUAAACUGUAAACACUUAUAGGUCCAAUCUGCUUAAUCUCCCAUCAUGAAACAGACCUGCCUUCCCAGGAACCAAUGGGAUAACCCUUGCUGUACCAUUGCAAGUACAAUAUAUUUGCCAACACAAAAUAAUCUGCAGAUGCUGGGGUCAAAGCAACACUCACAACACACUGGAGGAACUCAGCAGGUCCGGCAGCAUCCGUGGAAACGAU